UGGGUCGGUGUGUCCUGCAGGGCGCAAUCCCUGUCCAUCGGUCUGAGCUCUGCCCGCCCGCCGCGCAUCUGCCCUUCUUUCCUGACUCCGCCCCGCAUCUGUCCGGAACCUCCUCGCGUCUGAGCUGACCCAGUGCGCGUCUGCCAGUCAGUCCCUCCGGACCCGCCGCGAGUCUCAGGCUGCCGAAAUCUCUGCGCGUCACUCGCCUCAACAGUGAUUCUGAGUCUGCUUUUAGCUUCCUUCGCCUUGGCUUUUUUUCUGUUUGUGAACAGCUGCUUGGCCCAUAGCUUAGAGAAAGCAACCUCUUUUUCUCUCCCAAGAAAGCCUCCUCCCUGUGCUCAGAGAGAUGGGGAGUGGGGAGCCUAAUCCUGCUGGCAAGAAAAAGAAGUACCUCAAGGCUGCCCUGUAUGUGGGUGACUUGGACCCAGAUGUCACCGAGGACAUGUUAUAUAAAAAGUUCAGGCCUGCUGGCCCUCUUCGCUUCACCCGAAUCUGCCGUGACCCGGUGACCCGCAGCCCCCUGGGCUAUGGUUAUGUUAACUUCCGCUUUCCUGCGGAUGCUGAGUGGGCCUUGAACACCAUGAAUUUUGAUUUGAUUAACGGCAAACCUUUCCGCCUAAUGUGGUCUCAGCCAGAUGACCGCUUAAGAAAGUCUGGAGUUGGAAAUAUAUUCAUCAAAAACCUGGACAAAUCCAUAGACAAUAGGGCCCUUUUUUAUCUGUUUUCUGCUUUUGGGAGCAUUCUCUCCUGCAAGGUAGUAUGCGAUGACAACGGCUCUAAGGGUUAUGCCUAUGUGCACUUUGACAGCCUGGCCGCUGCCAAUAGGGCCAUCUGGCACAUGAAUGGAGUGCGGCUCAACAACCGCCAGGUGUACGUUGGCCGAUUCAAAUUUCCGGAAGAGCGGGCAGCUGAAGUUAGAACUAGGGAUAGAGCGACUUUCACCAAUGUUUUCGUUAAAAACUUUGGAGAUGACAUGGAUGACGACAAACUGAAGGAACUUUUCAGUGAAUACGGGCCAACUGAGAGUGUUAAGGUAAUAAGAGAUGCCAGUGGGAAAUCGAAAGGCUUUGGAUUUGUGAGAUACGAGACACACGAGGCUGCCCAAAAGGCUGUGUUAGACCUGCAUGGAAAGUCCAUCGAUGGGAAAGUCCUCUAUGUAGGGCGAGCACAGAAGAAAAUUGAACGCCUGGCCGAGUUAAGGCGAAGAUUUGAGCGGCUGAGAUUAAAAGAAAAAAGUCGGCCUCCAGGGGUGCCUAUCUAUAUUAAGAACCUAGACGAGACCAUCGAUGAUGAAAAACUGAAGGAGGAAUUUUCUUCCUUUGGAUCAAUUAGCCGGGCCAAAGUGAUGGUGGAAGUGGGGCAAGGCAAAGGGUUUGGUGUUGUCUGCUUCUCCUCUUUUGAAGAGGCUACCAAAGCAGUAGAUGAGAUGAAUGGUCGCAUAGUGGGCUCCAAGCCUCUGCAUGUCACGCUGGGCCAGGCCAGGCGCAGGUGGUGAGAAUAAGAAUGCUCAAUUUGUUUCAGCCUUAAGCUGGUGCCUACUUAGUUUGGGCUACUUUGUGAUAAGAGGUUAUUUUAUGUGAAUUCACAGCAUUUUUUAAGUGAAUACUUUCUUUUGAAAAAAAGUGAAACUAGAAAACCUUGUUCAUUUUAGUGAAGAACAUAAUUUCUAAUUGUAAAACUGUCAUUUUGUACUAUUUUUCGAUAUAAUAGCCUUAGGAAUAUGUAGAAUAAAAUUUAUUCCUCCACAUGCUUUUUUGCUAAACCAGUCAAGUGAGGUAAUGGAGUAUAUUUCCUUCCUUAUUUCACUAAUACUACUAAAUUUAUUUUCUCCUAUGAAAGUAUUCUCGAGAUGGUCCUUACUUCUGAGUCUAUCACAGUGAAAAUUUCUAACUUGUUUUUUGAGAAAUCAGUAGAGCAGGGGAAAGCGUAUAUGAUCCAGUUAAUAUUUGUGUAUAGGUUCACUUUAAAUUAUUAUUUAAAAUGAAUAUUCCUUUUAAAAGAUGUGAGCUUUCUUUCUUCCUUUUAUUUAUUUAUAUAUUUUUUUCCUUUUUAAUAUAUUGUGGGCAUACCACAGACUUGAUAGUGACUUUGACUAAGUUUUGAGAGUUUUCGUUAUUAACUUCAUGCCCAGAGAAAGAAGCAUAUUGGUAUUUCCUCAAUCAAUACCUUAGAAAAUUAAUACUUUAAACAUUGAUUAUUUAAAUUCUAAGUUUCAUCUUAAAAACCUUUUCUGAAAGCUUUGAUAUUUGAAGACAGUCUAAGGAGCAUUCUUUUUUCUUUUUUUUUUGCGGUAUGCAGGCCUCUCACUGUUGUGGCCUUUCCCAUUGUGGAGCACAGGCUCCGGACGCGCAGGCUCAGCGGUCAUGGCUCACGGGCCCAGCCGCUCCGCGGCAUGUGGGAUCUUCCCGGACUGGGGCAUGAACCCGUGUCCCCUGCAUCAGCAGGCGGACUCUCAACCACUGCACCACCAGGGAAGCCCUAAGGAGCAUUCUUAUCACUCAUUUUUCUAAACUCCUUAGUAGGUAUACAUGGAUCAUGUUUAAUCAACAAGAAAGGUGAAUAACAGCACUGAAUUGCCUUUGUCUAUAAAUAACUUUAGGAUUAACUUCAGCCUCUAUUGUGUCAAUAUAGAAGGUAAACAAUCCUGUAAUGAUGUGGAAAUCUACUUUGAAUAACAUCUUCUAUUAAACUUGUCAUUAUCUCUAAUAAAUUGUUGAAUAUAUCAAUAAGGUAAUAUUCACAGAUGUUUCAAAGUUAAGGAAAAGGUCAUUUCUCUUGAUUAAGUCACAUGCCUCCAUCUAUCAUAUGAGAGCUCUUGUUUUCUUUUUGUCUAGCUGCUUGGAAGUUGCGACAAAAUGUUCUGUUCUAUAUUGCAAUUACAUUAUUUAGCCUGUAAUUUCUAUACGAUGGACUUUCUGUGUUUCACUUUUAGUUCCCUCUUCUCCAUAUCCAUCUACCUUCCAUACAUAUUACACUUGCUUUCAUAUUUUCUUUGGAUUGCCUUUCUUUUAAUAUACGCCAGUUCGAAUUGAUUUUGGGAUUAGAGAGAUAAAUACCUAAUUUAUGUAAAAUUGAAAUAAUUACUUUUUAAAAAUAGGAUUCACUCAUACCACAGAUCCAACAGUAAGAAAAUGUUGUAACUCUAUUCUCAGUUGGUUUUUAUUUAUAUAGAAAUCUUUGGUUUCAUACAUAAUACAAUAUAAAUAUAUAAUUUUAUUAACACUUUUGUUGGCUAUUUGCCCAUAAAAUAAUGAGAAUAACCUGUUUCUAUGUAAUUGUUUAUCUACAAAUGACUUGUAUAUUCAUUAUCAAAUAUUUUCAAAUGGAAAUUACUGUUUUUAUUGAUUAUAAACAUAAUACAUGCUUCUUGUAAAAUAAUGUACAACAAUGCAGAAACUUAUAAAGAAGGAAUUAAAAUUCCCAGAGUUCAGAGAUAACCACUAUUAAUAUUUUGUGUGUGCAUUAAUAUUUUAAGUGUGUGCAUAUACUUUCAUGCCUUUUCCUCUAUGUAUACACACACUGUUUUACAAAAAAAAAGAAAACAUACUAUAUGUACUGUUUUUUUAUUUUAAACUAAAACAUAAUCAUCUUUUCAUAUCAAUAAAUACCAAUCUGUAUCAUCAAUUAGUGACUGCAUAGUAUUCCAUUGGGUGGAUGUACUAUAACUUACCUUAAGUAGUUCAUUAUUGAAUGAGAUUUACAUGCUUUUCAAUGUUUCUACAUUUGUAAGCAAUGCUGUGAUGAGCAUCCUUGCUUAAAAACAGUAUGAGUUAUAGGAGCUUGAUAAAAAAUAUCUAGAGCAUGUAAAAGCUUAAAUCUACUAAAAAAAUAAAAAUGCACAUCAUAUUGAUAUAUAUGUAUCUAAAAUUU